CACAAUAAUAGUUUUUUUUCACUGUGUUCAUAUGAUAAUUAAUAGGGUGUGGCGACAAACUUAUAAAAACAACAACUAAUUUUAGGGGAAAAGUGCAUCCGAAGCCGUAUUUAUAACUACUUAAAAAAGUUAAGAGCUGCACGUACUCGUGUGAAACCGUUUAUACAAAUAAAAAUUAGAAUUUUUUUGAUGAAAAAAAUUUUUUUCUUCUAAGAAAAAAAGGGGAUUUACAAGAAAAAAAUUCCCGUGAUUUCUUUUAUGAUCAGAUAUCAUUAGAAAAUUCCAUGUCGAAUAAUUAGAAAUAUUAAAUGUCUGACAAAAAGAAUAUAAGUAAUCUUAGUGAUUCUACUAGAAAUUCGAUUCUUAAAAAGAAAAGUUCUUACGAGUUAAAACAUGUUUCUAAUAUAAAUAAUGAUACGGAAUUAUCUAUUAAUAAUAAUGAUCAUUAUAAACUGAAAAAACCUUCUUAUAAUUCGGAUCAAUCAGAUGGAAGUUCAAGAAGUUUACGUUCAAUUAUUAGUAAUAUUUUUCAAAAAAAAUCACAUAGUCAUAUACAAUCUAUGACUAUGUCUCCUGUUAAUGAGGAUUAUAUUUCAUACGACUCAAAUGAACAAUUCGCUUCUCAUGUUGCUAUAAGUCCUGACGGUCAAUUUAUAUGUACUCUUAAUUGUAAAAGACUUCAAUUUAAAAUUUUUGAAUCAGAUCAAACUAUAAAUUUUUUCGAUAGAAGUUCUAUUUCAGAGGAAGACGCAAAUAACUUCGUGGAAAUUCCAAAAAUAAGUUCAUCUGAAAAUGAUGAUUUGGUCCCUUACCGAAUUGAAUACGGAGCAUUACAUGAAUAUAUGCAUAGUGAAGCAUUUGAUAAAAAAUACGGUUCUGGAGUAAUUAUUCAAGAGGAUGAAAAAUCUAAUAGAACUAGCACAGAAAGUAAAAGAAAGGAAGAGGAUCACAUACCAGGUGUUACAUCUAGAAGUUUUCCAUCAUGGUCUUUAGCAAUAUCAAAUAAGAUGGAACAUCAGGGUGAACAUGUCAUUUUUGUUGCAAUAUCUGCUGUAAUUGAAGCAGACAUGAAAAAAAAAGUAAAUGAAGAAGAUGAAGAAGAAAUCAAUCGUCUUUAUCCAAAUAGAAAUAGAUAUAAUGAUGAUGAAUAUGAAAUAGAGUAUAAUGAAGAAGAAGAAGAAGAAGAAGAAGAAGAUGUCGAUGAAAAUCCAAAGAUUAAACCAUCUCAUCCCGAUUUAACUGAAGGAAAAACUGCAAUAUAUCGUAUUAGAUUAAGAUAUAAUAGUUUAAUUCAAAAGCCUGCUUGUAUCAAACAAUACAAUUGUCAUGAUGUUGCUGGAAUUGUAAUGUUUGUUAAAAAAGAAUCUAAUAAUCCUUACGCUCAAUAUUAUGAACAACCUGAACAUAAAUAUUUAACCGAAAUGUUAAUCAAAACAAGUUGCUUUAUAAUUAAUGCUGAAGGAAUUUACAAAGUUAAUUAUUCUAUUCCUAAUAAUUCUAAUAGUAAAAUAAAAGAAGAAAAGUUUUCUUUUCCCAAAAGGUUAGAAAAAGAAUUAAAAUCUUGGUAUAGAUCAAAACAUUGUAUGGAUCGUCUUUUAUCAUGUAUUUAUCAUCAUUAUUUCUUUGUGGACCAAUAUAAAGAUAGUGUUCAUACGAUAGAUAUGUACAAUCUUUCAACGAUGGAACAAGAACAAAUUUUUAUAAUUCGUCAUGAUGAAACCGUGUCGCAUACUUCAAAAAAUGUAUCAUCUGUAUUUGCAGUUUCACAAAAUAAACAAUUAAUCGCUUGUAGUAAUGGUGAAAGAUCUGUAACUUUGUUUUGGAUAGAAAAUGGUCUUGAUGUAGGGGUAAAAGAAUUUGGGACUGAGACAAAAAUUCUUUAUUUGGAAUUUAUUGAGAAUGAUGAAAAAUUACUUAUAAUUACUGAAGAGACUUGUACGAAGGAAGAUCUUAGAUCUGUGAAUGGAGAGAAACACGAUAUAUUUGAUAAUAAACAAAAGCCGAUUGAAAAUGAUGUGAAUUAUGACAAGCUAUCUACAAUUAUGGAAGAAGAAAAAAAGAAUCCAGAUGAUAAAAUAAAACAGGUUGAACAAGUUAAGUUAGUUAUUGAGGAGAAAGAAGAAAAAGUAAAAAAUGACAAUCUUUUAAAGCCGAGAAUGACAAGGAGAAGAAGUUCUUGUAAAGAUAUUGCUGAGUCUGUUGUGACGAAAAUUAUGGUAUGGGACUUAUUUAGUUCAGCGGAUAAUGCUAUUCGUACUGGAAUGACUGGUGAUUUAUUUCCUUCAAAAGAAAAUUAUCAUUCUCAUUUGGCACGAGUUCCUGGUGUACUUUAUCAUAUGAAAGAUGAUGGUAAUGUGUUUUCAAUUUUAGAGCAUGAUGGUUUUGUAAAUCUUGUAAAAGGAGAGGAAAGAGAUUUAACGAGAGAUUUCGGAUGUGAUAUUUAUUAUGAUUUCAAAACUACACAAGAUCAAAAAGACAAAAUGUCAUGUGUAUACGCUAAUAAUGAAGAAGUUGAUGUAAAAUUGCACAAAGUAUAUUGUCGUAAAGAAUUUAAAACUUCCGGAAUUUAUAAGGUUAUAGUUAACAAUAAGGAACCAUGGAUUUAUAUGAAUAAUUAUCAUCGUACUUCAGUAUUUCUUGAUGAGGAUGAAACGUUACAACUUAUAAUUGGACAUAGUACAGUGCAAAUUUGGCGGAAGUUACCAAAGCAGAAAGAAUCUGAUAAAAAAAGGGGCACUCUACAAAAGAAAGAACCUGUUCUUGAAUAUAUUUGGGCUAAUAAUAUUCCAUUUGAACACGAUAUCGAUAAUUCAAGAUUACAGAUAAAAGAUUUGUGGAUUGGUGAUAAUUCAUUUGUUCUUAAAGUAUAUUGGAAAUAUGAUGAAGGUAGUAGAAUUGUAAAUAAUAUGGAAACUCUUUCAUUUCCUUAUACUGACGGCCAUGUAACUCCGGUUCUACACGCUUGUAAAGCUCUUGAACAUUUGAAUAAUCGAAAAAACAAAAUAAUAGAUUAUAAAAAAAUGGUAGAAUUUGAACGAUUGGUAGAAAAUACAAAUAGAAUUGUAUGGAGAUUUGUAAAGAAAAAGCCCGAAAUCUUUAAGUUGAUGGAUGUUCGAUACAAUGUAAUGUCCUAUUUAAUACGAGGCGGUUGUAAUUAUUUAAUUAAAUUUAUUCUUUUUGGUGAAAUGACGCUUGAAGAAUUUAAAAAUGGUAAAAAAUCAAAGAAAAAGAAAAAAGAAAAUGACAUUAAACUAGAUUUUCAUAAAAAUAAGCAAAUAUUACAUAUACCAAAAGCAAAGCAAUGGAUAAGUGAGACUGAACCAGAACGACUUACAAAAGUGAAAUUGGAAUCCAAAACUUUUCUUCAUCAAUUAUUCUCUCUUAUACGUGCAAUAAUGUUAUGGUUUUUCGCACUCAUAUCAUGUAAGAAGAAGAAGAAAAAAGAGAGGAAAAUUAAAAAGAAUCCCAAAAACAAUGUGAGACCAAGCACGGAUUUAGAAUGGGCUAUUGAAUACUGUAAAGGUAAACGGUGUGCCAAUUUUUCUAUUUUGAAAUUUAUCCUAAUUAUUAUUAAAAGUUUUUUCUUUUAUAAUAGACAAAGAAAGAAAGGAUUCUGUUAUGGUUGGUUAUUUGUUAGAAUAUUAUUCUGAAAAUGCAUUACAUCACAUUGGCUGGAUGGCGACAAUUUCAAAAGCACUGCCAUUAUUAUAUAGAUACAAUUUGGAUUAUUAUGUAAAACCAUUAUUCUAUAAAGAUUGUUUUGCCGAUAAAGAACUUACACAAUAUGAUCCGUCUGAAAUAAUUCCUGAACACAGCAAACCAAGAAGAAAUAAAACGCAAGAUUUUAAGGCUUUUAAACCCAAUACUAAACUAGUUUCAGAUAAAAAUCAUAAGCCAGUACUCCAAAAUAUAUUUGAAUUUAUAAUCAUUAAAUUUCCAAGAUAUAUUACGAACUUUAUUGAUAAUUUUGAUAACGAUCGUGCUCCUCCUCCUGUGGCUUUAAGAGUUGUUCCGUGAGUUAU